ACAAACAUUUGAUACAUUAUUAUUUUAGAGCCAUUGAAGAAAAUUAAACAGAGCCAUGGAGAGAGAACAAGAAGAGAUGCAAUUUCUGGGACUCUUUAGCAUCUACAAAGAAUCCUACAACAUCAUAAUUUCAUGGAGAAAGAUCUUCAGCCAAAUUACCUUAACUCUAAUCCUCCCUCUCACCUUCAUCUUUCUUAUCCACAUAGAACUCUCCAACAUCCUCUUCACUAAAAUCUUGAUCAACACACAGGAAAUCAUCGACACUCCACAAAACACACCUCAAUACCAAAAACUUUCUGACAUGAUCUCUUCUGAAUGGGCCAUUUUCUUUCUCUUCAAACUCGUUUACUUCACUUUUCUCUUAAUUUUCUCUUUUUUAUCAACCUCUGCAGUUGUCUACACCAUCGCUUCUAUUUAUACCGCAAGAGAGGUAACUUUCAACAGAGUCAUGACCGUUGUUCCCAAGGUUUGGAAAAAACUCAUGGUUACUUUUUUAUGCACUUUUUUAGCUUUUUUUGUUUACAAUAUUAUGGCAAUAGUAGUUUUGAUUAUAUGGGCAAUUUCAAUUGGAACUCAAAGUGGUGGUGUUGCGAUUCUAGUAAUUUUAGGAACUUUGUACUUUCUUGGAACUCUGUAUCUAACAGUUAUUUGGCAAUUAGCUAGUGUUGUCACAGUUUUAGAAGACUCUUAUGGAGUUAAAGCUAUGAUGAAGAGUAAUGAAUUGAUAAAAGGGAAAAUGGGUUUGUCAAUACUUAUAUUUUUGAAGCUUAAUGUUUCAUUUUUUGGGAUACAAUAUUUGUUUUCUAAGGUGGUUGUGCAAAAUAUGGGGUUGAGUUUGGUGAACAGAACAGGAUAUGGGAUACUAUGUUUCUUGUUGUUGUCUCAUUUGUUUCUGUUUGGGCUUGUUAUUCAAACGGUGCUCUAUUUUGUUUGUAAGUCUUAUCAUCAUCAGAGUAUUGAUAAGUCUGCUUUGUCGGAUCAUCUUGAAGUUUAUCAAGGAGUCUAUGAGCCUUUGAAGAGUAAAGAUGUUCAGUUGGAGCAUUACGAUGUGUGAUAUAUUCUAAAAUGUAUGCAUAUAUAUAUCGUCAUUUAAAAUUGAAUAAUUCAAGCAGAUUUAUAUGAGUAAUCGUGAAUUAAACGUGUGUGGCUUUCUUUGUGUGUAUACAAUACAUGUUAAUGAAUUGUUGGAGUUUAGUUGACGUUGACUUCUUCUAUAUAUACUUGUACUUGUGAAUUUUGGAAAUUAUUAAUACAGUUUUAGAAUACUA